AUUUUCAAAACAAAUUGUUUUUAUUUUUGUAUUUCUUUUCACCAAUCAAUCAUUGGUUCCAAGGAGAGAUCUUUCUCUCACUGUACUUAAACAUAAAGUACUCCAGCCUCUCUCUUUCUCUCUUGAAGAAGAAGGAGAAGGAGAAGGAGAAGAUAAGGUCAUAUCCGAUUCGUUACUGUCAGCAGCAACUUUGGAUAAGAUUGUCAUUUUUGAAAUUUUGAUUUCAUACAAGCAAGAGCCACAAGCAUCCUUGCAAGCAUCCCUUUUAAAUGGCCAUGGCAACCAAUGAAAAUCUUCCACCCAAUGUAAUCAAACAACUUGCAAAGGAACUGAAGAAUCUUGAUGAAUCACCACCUGAAGGAAUUCAAGUAGGAGUAAAUGAUGAUGAUUUUUCGAUCAUAUAUGCUGAUAUUGAAGGCCCAGCUGGGACUCCAUAUGAAAAUGGCGUUUUCCGCAUGAAGCUGUUACUAUCUCAUGAUUUUCCACACUCUCCUCCUAAAGGUUACUUCCUGACUAGGAUUUUCCAUCCCAAUAUUGCUUCGAAUGGUGAGAUUUGUGUUAAUACGCUUAAGAAGGACUGGAAUCCAAGUCUUGGGUUACGCCAUGUUCUCACUGUCGUGAGGUGUUUAUUAAUUGAACCAUUUCCAGAGUCAGCUUUGAAUGAACAGGCUGGCAAGAUGCUCCUCGAAAAUUAUGAAGAGUAUGCCAGACAUGCCAGGAUAUAUACUGGUAUCCAUGCGAAGCCGAAACCUAAGUUCAAGACUGGAGCCAUUUCAGAAUCAACUACGGCUCUGAAUGUUGACCAAAGCAUUGGUGACCAAAAGAGUGUAGCUGUUGGUGCUGUCGUACCGUUGCAAUCCCCACUGGCCCCUUGUACAACAGCGAGCAAAGGAGGAAAUAGUCAGGAUCAGCCAGCUGCUGUAGGUCCAACGCACGAGACAGGAAUGAGUGGAUCUGUGGCUGCACCAACACCCAGUACCCUGAAAAAAGAUGUUGGACUUACAAAAGUUCAGGCAGGCAAGAAGAAAAUGGAUGCAAGAAAAAAGAGCUUAAAGAGAUUAUGAUGUCAAACUGCCAUGAUGGAUAUGUGUCCAGCUUCUGUUGUUUAUUGAUGAACGGGCCCAAUGGGAGUAUAUGAUGGUGUGAGAAAUAUUUUCUUUGAGGGGACAAGUGAUGGAUUUUAAUCAACUUGAUCUCUUUGUUUGACUUGCAUUAUGAUCUCUUUCUUUGUGAUUGAACACUUCAAUGCAUCCCUUGAAGAAUCCGGGUGUGCUCAGAAAUUGCCAAGACCUCUAUUUGAUUUUUCCU